CGUGCCCUUAAUACCUAUGACGUGUACUCCUCUGUGUCUUUCGACGUCGCAGUAGGGAGCAGCUCGGCCGCAUUACAGUGGGAAAGCUACUAUUUGGAACGACAAUGGUGAAAAUUUUCAUCGGAAACCUCUCCCAGGAGACGGAAAAGGACGAAGUUGAGGCCCUCUUCACAAAGUAUGGCACCGUGACGGAGUGCGCCAAGUACAAAAAUUAUGCCUUCGUCCACAUGGAUGACCGCAAGUCUGCCACCAAAGCCAUUCGUGAACUUCACCUUUUCAAACUCAAUGGCAGGCCCAUAAAUGUAGAGCCCAGUAAAGGGAAGAACCAGGGCCCUGUCAAGCUCCACAUAGCCAAUGUGGAAAAGGGCCACGAUGAUGAGCUGCGUGGCCUCUUUGAAGAGUAUGGUACAGUCACAGAGUGCGCAAUCGUCAAGAACUUUGCCUUUGUACACAUGUCCAACUCUGAUGAGGCUAUGGAUGCCAUAAAGGGUCUGGAUAACACUGAGUUCAAUGGCAAGCGAAUCCACGUUCAGAUAUCAAAAAGUCGCCCGAGAGGGGGAGGUGAGGAGGAGGAGUACCCGCCUCCGAUGGGAAGGGGAGGUUAUUAUCCCCCCCGCUUCCCAGGGGACAGACCUGAGCCCCCCUACAGAGGGCGUAUGUCAGCUUACCCCGCUCCCCCUCCACCUCCCCCUCCACCAAGACGAGUGGCUUACGCUGAGCGUGGGUAUGGCGAGCGAGACAACUAUGGGGUGGUGGAUUACUAUGAGAAAUACAGAGCCCGUCCCUACAGUGCUGCAGGAUUUGAUGACAGGCGAGCCAAUGCCAUCCCUCCUCCUCCACCACCUGCUGCUGCACUGGUAAGAGAGCGCCUCUCCAUGUCGUCACUUGACCAGUAUGAGCGGCGCCCACUUCCUCCUCCUCCUCCGUCGCCUUACUUCGCUCGAGACAGAAGCCCACUCAGGCGACCCGCUGCGCCUCCUGCCCCCGCAGCUGGUAAUGGUUACUCUUAUGAGCGAUCCCGGCUGUCACCAGUGGCUAGGGCUCCUUUGUAUGGAGCUGCACCCCGUCCCAGGGACCCCUUCGCAGUGCCUCCGCCGCCGCCACCACCACGUUAUGCAGGCUACUAAGUGUACUGGAGUGUGAUAAAAGGUUUAGAAUAUGACAAGAUUGUCGUCGUCUGCUGAUGCACGUGGCGCUAUACACCCCUACUAGUCUACGGCGGAUUGCGUUGCGUUCGCCUGAGACAUACUGGAAGAUACUGUUUUGCGGACAGCCCCGUUUUAAAUAACAAACGAUUCACUGUCUCCGGUUCACGUGUUCUUCUAAGCUGUUUUUGCCUUUUCUGUUUUCCUGCUUGUUUUCCUGUUAUCCUUAAAGAUCCUUAAACUGUUUUUUAAAUAUAGGAUGUUGGCAUAAUUACUUGCUCUAUAUUACUUAAACGCAUUAACUGUUCUUGGCCACAAACUUAAUUCUUCUUCUCAAUAUUGACAUAAAUGGAAAUGGCCUCUGCAAAAUUGGAACAUAUUGUCAUAACAAGGGAAAAGUCAGUUAAAAGAGGGUAUGUUUAUUUUUUGUAAACAAAAUUUUCUAUAGUUUUUUUCAGAUGAAUUGUUUGGUCACAACAAAUACUCCACAGACGCUUAAGUUUCAGUGUAGUUGGUACUUUAGUUUUCUAUUAUUGGUGUGGCAGGUUGUACAUUGAUGACCAAUAAUUUUUGCGACGCAUGUUAGCAUGACAAAUCAAGUUACCAGUGUGAGUUUUGUGUUUUGUUUUUUUGAGACUUUGUGUUAACUUUUGUUGCGAGUACAGAAUCUAUAGAUGCGUUAUGUAAGAUUCUCCUUCUUUUAGAUUGCUUUUGAUUUCAAGGAUUUUUAAUAAACAAUAUAACAAAAACGACGUUUUAACUCUCAAAUCAUUCAUCGUUGGGCAGUCUUUCCAGUCAAAUGACUUGACAAAGUAAGUCAUUAUGCAGAAGAUCAGAUAUCCAGGCGUUUCACUCCGAACACGCUUUUAAUUUGAUCCUUUACACUCUGUACACUUGACCUCACGCUGAGUAGCAUUGAAACGCUCCUAUAAAUGCCUGAACUUUGCGAUGGCCCAUUUGUAUUUUUGCGACAACUGCUGAUCUGAAAUUCUUGGUGUUUUCCAUCUCUUACCAGUUAAUUGCACACUUUAUAUUAUUCAUACUUUUCCACCUAUGUCUCAACUUUGGAUUUUCCCUUUCACUCAU